AUGGCGUCCCGCACUGUGAUCCCAAUCGACAAGAAUUGGGAGUUCAAGCAGGCCGACAAGGAGAGCAGCAAGUAUCUACCUGUAUCUCAAUUCCCUACCAACGUGCACCUCGAUUUGCUUGCUCACAAGCUUAUACCCGAUCCUUAUAUCGGAAAGAAUGAGCUCGACGUACAAUGGGUCGGCGAAACAGUCUGGGUCUAUAGGACCAAGUUUAUAUCUCCCACAGUGGAAGGCUCUGCGAAAGCUAUCCUGGCAUUUGAUGGAUUGGAUACCUUUGCGACUGUGGUGCUUAACGGAAAGACCAUUCUCGAGACUGAGAAUAUGUUCAUCCCCGAACGCGUCGACGUUACAGAGCACUUGAAGGAGGACGAUGGAGAGAACGAGCUCGUUCUCACAUUUGAUAGCGCCUACCUGAGAGGCUGGAAGUUGGUUGAGAAAUAUCCUGAUCACAAAUGGGGAUGUUGGAACGGCGACAACUCAAGGCUGGCCGUGCGGAAGUCGCAAUAUCACUGGGGCUGGGAUUGGGGUCCGGCGUUGCUAACUUGCGGCCCCUGGAGACCGAUCAAUCUAGAGGUCUACGAAUCGCGCAUCGCUGAUCUGUGGGUCGAUAUCGAUGUUGAUAAAUCUCUCAAAUUUGCUACUGUUACAACACACGCUUCUACAGAAGGCAAAGCCUCACAGGUUUGGUUUGAUAUCUCCUUUAAUGGUCUACCUAUCGUGGGCCAGGCGGUAGCAUCCGGUGGAAGCGCUACAUUCACUAUUGACAAUCCGAAGUUAUGGUAUCCGGUACGAUAUGGCAAGCAACCUCUAUAUACAGUCACAGCCACACUAGACGAAGACGGCAAGAUCAUAGACAGCGUGUCGAAGAAAAUCGGUCUACGGAAAGCAGAGCUCGUCCAGAGACCACUCAAGGGAGAGCCCGGCACGUCAUUUUUCUUUGAAAUUAAUGGAAUUCCUAUUUUUUGCGGCGGUAGUGACUGGAUCCCGGCGGAUAAUUUCAUCCCGCGGAUCAGCAAAGAGAGAUACUACGAGUGGGUCAAGUUGGUGGCAGAUGGCAACCAAUUCAUGAUUCGAGUAUGGGGAGGGGGUAUCUACGAAGAACAGGCCUUCUACGACGCAUGCGACGAACUCGGUAUUCUCGUAUGGCAGGACUUCAUGUUUGGCUGCGGCAACUACCCUGCCUGGCCAAGCCUUCGAGACUCGAUCAAACGCGAGGCGGAAGAGAAUAUUAAGCUGUUAAGACAUCAUCCGAGUAUUGUGAUUUACGCUGGUAAUAACGAAGACUACCAGUACGCAGAGAGCGUCAACCUUACAUGGGAUCAGGAUAACAAGGAUGCAGAAAGUUGGCUGAAGACCGACUUUCCCGCCCGGUAUAUCUACGAGAAGAUUCUUCCCGAUGCAUGCCGGGAACUAGCUCCUUCUGUAUACUACCAUCCCGGAAGCCCCUGGGGAGGGAUUGACACGCGUGAUCCCACUGUAGGUGAUAUCCACCAGUGGAAUGUCUGGCACGGCACGCAAGAGAAGUAUCAAAACUUCGACAAGCUAGUUGGACGCUUUGUGUCUGAGUUUGGCAUGGAGGCAUUCCCAUCGGUCAAGACGAUCGACGCUUUUCUCCCUCUAGGUAAAGACGAUCCUGAUCGGUAUCCUCAAUCGUCUACAAUAGACUUCCACAACAAAGCAGAAGGGCACGAACGACGUAUCGCGUUGUAUCUAGUUGAAAAUAUGCGGUAUGCCCCAGACCCGCUGGAGCAGUUCGUUUAUAGCACACAGUUGAUGCAGGCUGAGUGUCUGGCGUCAGCUUACCGACUCUGGAAACGACAGUGGAAAGGUCCAGGGCGCGAGUAUUGCGCUGGCGCACUUGUAUGGCAAAUCAACGACUGCUGGCCGGUCACCAGCUGGGCUAUCUGCGAUUAUUAUCUUCGACCUAAGCAUGCUUACUUCACUGUCAAACGCGAGAUGGCGCCGUUAUCGGUUGGCAUGACACGGCGUGAACACAAAUACCCGCGCAAUAAAUACACACGCGUGGACAUCAAUACGAAAAUAGAGAUUGAGAUAUGGGGCAGCAAUCUGACUCUCGAGGACCUAACAGUAGACUGCGUGGUAAAAGCUUGGGAUGUUGAAACGGGGCAGGAAACUUAUAGCGAAACUAUUAACAAGGGACCUCUCGUCCUCCCCAAGAACCAAUCUACCGAGAUAGUUGCUUUCAACGUGCCAGAGCCGAAGAAGUGCGAGGGCAUCGAUGCUUCGCGCACUAUCGUCGCUGCGUACCUAGUAAGCCGCGAUGAUGGCACGCAACUUGCGCGCUAUGUCAACUGGCCGGAGCCUCUCAAGUAUCUACACCUUGCCAAACCGACACAGCUACGCGCCGAGCUGAGCGAUGAUUUCACCGCCGUGCAUGUUUCUGCCGAGGUCCCUGUCAAGGGUGUCGCGGUCGAGAGCGAGGAUGACGAUGUCAGGUUUGAGGAUAACCUCAUCGAUAUAGUGCCUGGAGAGGUGGUGAGUAUCAAGGUGCGCGGUGCGAAGAAGGAUACUGUUAUUACGACUAGAUACUUGGGUAUGAUUUAG